GAAACGGACGCUUCUGAGAAAUCAGAAAUCCCCCAGGGAGGGGCCUGACCACAGUCCCAGCGGCCGCACCCACUCUGCUCCAGGCUCUGCCUCAGGACGCGUCCACAUUCUUCACCUGGGACCCCACCUGCCCCCCAAACCAGAGAUGAUCAAGGAGGAACACGAGGUGACCUUCAUGGGGGGUCCCCAGAACCCGGGGCCCGUGAGGUCCACCGUGGUCCACGUCCAGGCGGACACGGCGGUGCCCGACCACAUCGUCUGGUCCCUGUUCAACACCCUCUUCUUCAACACCUGCUGCCUGGGCUUCGUGGCGUUCGCCUACUCCGUGAAGUCUAGGGACCGGAAGAUGGUGGGAGACGUGAUUGGCGCCCAGAGCCAUGGGUCCACCGCCAAGUGCCUGAACAUCGUUGCCGCGGUCCUGGGCAUCCUGAUGACCAUCGGACUCAUUGUUCUCGUGGCCACUGUGCUCCCGGGAGUCAUCCAUGCAGUGCAGCAGAACUCCUACGGAGGCGGCUUCUAGUCGCUGCCACGGCAGGUGCCGAGUCCUCCCACCCCCCUGGCCCCGCCCAGGCGCCCACCCCUCACCCUGCCCCUGUACACACACCUGUCUGCAGCUGAGCUCAAUAAAGUGCGCCUGUACGUGA